GAACCUCAGUAUAAUCGUAAACUUACAUUGACGCGAUGUCCAGUGAGUCUUGAUGUUGUGGACAAUGCUGCGAUCGGUUUACCCGAUUUUCUGUUUAGUAUUAGUGGUAGCAGAACCGAACUCAACAGCCUCUAAGCAUGGAUUUAUUAGGACCAAGAGACAAGGCAGCCCAGACGAGAGGAGCUGUAUUCUCCCACAGCCAAUGGUCAAUGGCAGAUACUCACCCAACAUCAAUAGAUGCCCUCCCCACGUAUCCAACGCCGCUUGCAAGAUAGUCCCCGGGACCCCAGUACCCUCGGGGUGGGAUCUCUACUACGAAUGUGAUGAUGGGUUCUUCCUCAACUCUACCGAUACUGUGUCCUUCUGUACGGAUGGGAACUGGUCUCCGUCUCUGCCAGAGUGUAUAGCUGGUGUGCCUUGUUUACCAUUGAAGUCUCAGUACCUCAACAUCAAGUGCUCGUUCCAAGGCAAGAUUGUGUCUUGCGACCAGCCUAUGAAGCCAGGAACGAUAGCUUCACCGAAGUGUAAGAGCAACUACAAGCCUGCCUACCAGAUACCAUACUCUUACAUUACCUGCCUCGACGUUGGAUACUUCGACAACCCUUUGUUCUACUGCAUUCCAGAAAAGCUAUGCCCGCCACUGAAGGCGCCGAACAAUAUGAAGGUUCAGUACAUCUACCAAGGCAAAGUCGUGAGAGACGAUCAGUUGAAGCCCGGUACCAUUGCUAUACCCAGAUGCAAAUACAACUACAGACCUGCCUACGAACCGGGGUACACCCACUUGACUUGUCUAAACAGUGGCUCAUGGGACCAACAGCUGUUCUAUUGCACUGCAGUGUGUGGUGCGUCGAACGAGGUCGGCCAACUGACUCCGCUGAUCGUGGAUGGAGUACAGGCCAAUGUUGGUGCCUUCCCUUGGCACGCAGGUCUCUACUAUCGUGAUUUUUACAAAGGAAGAGAGAUAUGGGACCAACGAUGUGGUGGAAGUUUGAUAAAUGACCAGUUUGUGUUAACAGCGGCUCAUUGCGUGGCAAGGGUUCGAAAUGUGGCCGAUCUACGAGUGGCUUUGGGCAAAUAUUUCAGGUCAUGGGAUAUCCAUGAGCACACUGAAGAAAGACGCAAUGUUUCGAUGAUAUUAUUCCCUUGGGAAUUCAACGAGAUAACUUUUAUUUUCGACAUUGCGCUUUUGAUGCUGGAUGUGAAAAUUAAACCAGGAGGAUUCAUAAUGCCAGUCUGUCAUGGAUUUUUAGAUGGUUUAAACUACAUAAAAGACAAGAAUUUGUUUGUUGUAGGUUGGGGAAAGAAGGAGAACGGGAUGAUUAGUAAAACCCUUCUGUACAACGAUGUUACUCCGGUCCCGUCUUACGAGUGCAAUCAGCGAGCUCCUUCUGGUUUCCCAACCUUCGAAAAGUUCUGUGCCAGUAAAAACAGUUCAGAGUUAUCAAUCGCUCAACCAGGCGAUAGUGGUGGGGGAGUUACGGCUGUCUACGAAGGACUUCACUAUCUCUUUGGCUUGAUCAGCGUAAAAUUUGAAAAGACAACGUACUUCUCCAAUAUCACAUGGCCUUAUAACAUGAUAUGGAUGGAAGGCGAAGUAAAAAAGUAUCAUCCAAGCUUUACGUGGGUUGAACAUGAAUUUUUAGACAAUCCUGAUCAACCAAAGCAUAAAAGUUGUAUGCUGCCGAGAGACUCUGACAACAGGAAGUUUUGUUCCUUGGCAGAACAUUGUGACAGCUGUGACGCAAGAUGCAUUAUUCCGGCGGGAUCACAGGCUACUAGAGUCAGAGUCGUCUGCAACCCAGGCUACAGUCUGAGAGGAGCUGUUGAUGACGUGUACAGUGGAGGAGACAUAGCUACAUGUUUGUCAAGAGGCUCCUGGUACCCUCGCAUACCGGAGUGUAUAAAGGUGACUGGGAAGAGAUACAUUGCAGGCGAUCCUUGGAUCCACGUAUCUUGGGAACAAGCCAAGCAGAACUGCAUAGCCAAAGGAAGACAACUAGCGGUUAUCAAAAGUGAAGAUCAACAAAAAAUGUUUGAAGAUGCUGCCAACGAGAAAUUCGAGGAAAAUAGAGAACAUUCCAGGUCUAUUUGGAUCGGUCUGAGGGACGAGGCUGGAUACAGAAGUUUGGCUCUAAGGUUUGUUUGGAUCGACGGUCAGCCGUUGAGGAAGGAUGAUUUCUCACCUUGGCGGGAAGGAGAACCUAACAACGCCGGCUGGCACGAGGAUUGCGUAAUAGCAAAACCGGAAAAUGGCAAAGACCCAAACACCUCAUAUAAGUGGAAAGACGUUUGCUGCUACCAUAGGAACUUCUAUAUAUGCAGUAAAGGUAAUUCAGCGAAUGACUAUGUUCCUGGUGAACCUUGGGUUAAGGUAACUUGGAAAGAAGCAGAUGAACUAUGCCAUAUGAAGGGUCACCAAUUGGCUAUUAUAAGUAAUGAAGGACAUAGUCAAGCGUUUGCUGCUACUGCAGCACACAAGUUUAGAGAAACAGGUAGUGAGGCAGAGGAGCUGUGGAUCGGUCUGAAGACGCUAGAACGGAGGUUUAAGUGGGUUGACAACUCUCCUCUGGGCUCCUACACCAACUGGCUGCCUUCAGAGCCCACCAAUGCGGGGGGUGGAGAGCUUUGUGUCAAAGCGGAGGGGAGGAGAGACGUGGAGCCGUUGUGGCCAAACGCUAAGCCAUACCAGUGGAACGGCGUGUGGUGCACUGCCAAGCGAUCGUACUUCUGCGAGGACAAAACAGAUUCCACAGAAUCCAACAUUGCUCCUGGGGACCCAUGGACUAAGGUAACGUGGCACGAAGCGAGAAAAAAUUGUGAUGAAAUUGGAAAGAGACUCGUCGUAUUAAAAACUAAGGAAAAGAUACAAAGAUUUAAAGAAGCUGCUGUAAAUAUCUUUAGAAGCAAAGGAGAAUCUCCAAGUUCGACCUGGAUAGGACUAGCAGACUGGGAGUGGGAGGGUCGCUUUACAUGGCUGACUGGUCAACCUCUGAGGGGAUGUGACUUCUCUGCUUGGGGGACCAACGAGCCCAACAACAACGGUGGUCAUGAGAACUGUGUACACGCUAUCCCUGAAGCCUACAAAAAUCUAUAUAACCUAUUUUUAAGCCUAAUAAAGCCUAACGACGCGAUCACCUGGAAUGACGACUUAUGUCGGCUCAAGAAAUUCUACUUCUGCUCUGAAGGAGGAACGGUGGAUGGUAAUUAUGUCCCAGGAAAUCCAUGGACUAAAGUCACGUGGCAAGAAGCAAGUGACAACUGCCAAGCUCAGGGACACAAACUAGCUGUUGUAAUCAAUCAAGAACAGCAGAAAAAGUUUGAAGAAGCAGUCGCAAGAUAUCUAAAAAGUUUGAAAGACUGCACCAUUGGUUUAUCGCUGUGGAUUGGUUUAUCGUCUGAAGACAGAAAGUUCAAGUGGAUGGAUGGAACUGAGCUGGAGCUGCCUGAUUGGUUGCCUGGAGAGCCUAACAUUGUGGGAGGAAGUGAGAACUGUGUGGAAGCCAUACCAGAAGAGAGCAACCGGCCUAAUUGGCCCGGCGGCAAACCGUAUCAAUGGAACGACGGCAACUGCCCUGAGAAGAAACGAUAUUUCUGCCAAGAAGAAAUCCUCGAUCGUUAUUAAAAUUUGAAAUCUUGUUUUUACUAUUUCAACGAUGAAAUAACCUAUAAAAGAUGAAAGCGUAAUUAAUUAAAUGUAUUAAACAUAGCAAUAAAUAGUUGUUUUAUCUGUGA